AACCAGAUCUGCAGUCCGUGCUGCUGACUACUUGGAAACUACUUUGAAGCUCCUCAAAAGGAAGCUGCAGCAGUCUGGGAGGAUGAGAUUCAACAUUACAGACCUAUUGGAUAGGAAACAGAAAGAGAUGAUUUCCAAAGAAACUGGCUGUGGCUAUCAGAUUCGCUCCAUUAAAUGCCCAGAGGACGACGUUUACCGGACCAUUACUGGAGAGUGCAACAACAGAAAGAACCCUCACUUAGGGGUUUCCAACCAGGCAUUUGCUCGCUGGCUCCCGGCAGCGUAUGAAGAUGGAGUGUCUGUUCCCAGAGGAGCAACUGAAGGAAAGCUUUAUAAUGCAUUUCCACUCCCACUGGUUCGAAAAGUGUCCAAUGAAGUUGCUCAUACAGCCAAUGAGAACAUCACUCAAGAUCAAGAGCUUUCUCUUUUCUUCAUGCAGUGGGGCCAAUGGGUCAACCAUGACAUAGACUUGGCCCCUUCCAGUGGCAUAGGAGCAAACCCAGAGCUUCACUGCGAUGCUGACUGCAACUUCAGGUCCCCUUGCUUCCCAAUUAAGUUCCCCCCUGAUGACCCACGGAUGCUGAGAUCAAAUUCCUGCAUGCCUUUUAUCCAGUCAGCUUCUGUGUGCAAUCCCUGGACGUUUACUCGUGAACAGAUCAAUGCUGUCACCUCCUUCAUUGAUGCCAGCAUGGUGUACGGCAGCGAGGAGUCUGUGGCAAAGAGCCUUAGGAAUCAAACAAACCAGCUGGGUCUGAUGGCUGUGAACCAGAAUUUUACUGAUGCUGGGUUGGAAUUAUUGCCCUUUGAGAACAAAACAAAAAGUGUUUGUGUACUCACAAACAAGAGCGUGAACAUCCCCUGCUUUAGAGCUGGUGACAAACGGGCAACAGAGAACUUGGGACUUUCUGCUCUGCACACUGUCUUUCUUCGAGAGCACAAUCGCCUGGUGACAAGGCUGGGAAAGUUAAAUCCUCACUGGGAUGGAGAAAAGCUUUACCAGGAGAGCCGAAACAUCAUAGCUGCCAUGACCCAGAUAAUAACAUACAGAGAUUACAUACCACUUCUGCUUGCAGAGGAGACCAGCAAGUGGAUUCCCUUGUACAGUGGUUACAACGAGACUGUGGAUCCGACGGUGUCCAAUGUUUUCUCCCUGGCCUUCCGAUUUGGUCAUGCCUCAGUGCAGCCUUUUGUAUCCCGUUUAGAUGACAGCUUUCAGCCUAUGGGUUCACUUUCCCACGUCCCUCUCCAUCUGACAUUUUGUGCAUCGUGGAGAAUUAUAAUGGAAGGUGGCAUCGAUCCACUGAUACGUAGCAUGGUGGUUGAUCGUGCAAAACUGAUGAAACAGAAUCAGAUGCUCAUUGAGGAGCUCCAGAACCACCUUUUUGAACAAACAGAGAUAAUGGGUCUGGAUCUAGCAGCUCUGAACUUGCAGCGGGGAAGAGACCAUGGGCUUCCAGGUUACAAUGCCUGGAGGCACUUCUGUGGGCUCUCCCAGCCUCGAACAGUGGAUGAGCUCUCUGAGGUGCUGGGCAAUAGUGAACUGGCCAAGAAGUUCAUGGACCUGUAUGGGACACCGGAUAAUAUUGACCUCUGGAUUGGGGCAAUUGCAGAGCCCUUCAUUCCCCGGGGCAGAGUUGGGCCCCUCCUGGCCUGCAUCAUUGGCACCCAGUUCAGGAACUUGCGUGAUGGGGACAGGUUCUGGUGGGAGAACCCAGGAGUUUUCACUCCGCACCAGUUGGAAGAACUGACAAAAGUCUCAAUGUCGAGAGUGAUCUGUGAUAACACCCACAUCAACAAGUUACCCAGGGACAUGUUCAGGGCCAGCAGUCCUGAGAACUUUGUUGACUGCCAUGAGAUCAACACGCUCGAUCUCUCAGCCUGGAAAGAUGAGCCUGAGAGGGGCAGCAAAGGUACGUAGGAGAUUUCCCUCGUUUGAAUGCUCUCCAAGAAAGAAUAUAAAAGAAUUUAGAAAGAAAUAAAAGAAUUAAGGUCGUCAUGGUGAUCCUGCCAUCCCUUCAGCCCCACUCAGACGGCUGUCAGCCUGAUCUCCUUGCAGUCCAUCCCUUAGAAGAUAACUCUUCCUCACCAAUCAGAUGGAAAAUCCCUGACAAUCCGCCCUGUCCAAGUCCCUGUGAAUGUGUCCUUCCCUCAGCAAUGUAUUCCAAGCCAGGCAAUCUAUUCCAGGACAGCCUGAGUUUGCCUUCACAGGAAAGAUGUCCAUGAAGAAAUCAAUCAGGAUUACUCAAUCCACUUCAAUCUUCAAUCUGCCAGACUAAGUCUCUGCUUUCCCCUUGCUUUUCCUAAAGCUUUAUAUUAUUUUGAGGACUAUCUAGAGCUAUUUUGACAGUGCAUGGCCUGACACAACAGUAGUCUAACACACACAGCCAUGAUUAUGAUACAAGGUGGUACAAGAGUGCCUUUAUAUAAAGAACAGCCAACCACACAUCUCCAACUACGUGUAUUUUGGCACAAGCUCUUCCAGCUGGGAAUGGAUGUGAAGAGAACAGAAGCUUGCACAAGACAGAGCAGAGGAGUUUUUCCUUGUAGCAACCCACAUACAGAUUAUCAGAUUGUCCUUCUGCACAGAGCACAGACAUCUCCAUGCAGUUCCCGUGGUCAGCUUCAUUCGCGUUAUGCGAGAGGGAUACCAGCAUGUGAGAAAGACACGGGGUGUAAGGGCUGAAUUGUGGUGACUGCUUUGGAAACCUAACUGAGGUGUCACUUCCCUUCCCUCUGAACAAUAGCAGCUUCCUGAUUUGUUUAUGAACUUCAUCUUUUGGUCAGUGAGACGCGUUGAGCUGCUUCCUGUGACCUUUUUAUCACCACGCUGGGAGGAAGCUGAGCUGCCUUUGCAUAACCCGGCAGCAGUGAAAUUGCAGGGCAUUGAAAACCAACAGUUCAGAGUGAAACUUCCUCAAGCACCAUGAGUUUGUCCCAAAAAGCACGGUUCCAAAGGGCCUUCAGGUCACUGGAGGUACUUUUUGACCACAGUGUCUCAGAGGUGAAAGAAGAACAGGUGAACCAGGCUAUCUGCCAUGAUGUCCCUAUUGCUAUUUUAAGCUAUGCAGUCACAUAGAAAUAUGGAGAGAAGUAGAUGCACAGCAAAGACUUUCUGAUGCUCAGUAGCCUUUCCUGCUUUGUGGGCAGUUUCUAAUCCUGCUCUUGCAACCAGUGCUGGAAAUUCCUAAUGAUGGCACCCCGCUGCUUUUUGGAAUCUGCUGCCCACAGUCCUGCUGAGCCAGUUGCUGCUGAGGGAGGCUUUGGCACGUGCUCCCAGAGAGGAGCUCAGGACUGAGUCUACAGAUGUGUUUGCUUUACUGUGAUGGGAUUAUCCCGUGGAUGUGUAAAACAGUGCAAUCCUUCAUGCAGAGCAAUGAUGUUUGGCCAUCUCUUGCCCUAAAACUAUUCAGGGUUUUACGAGACUGGGCUAGGUGCUCUCUGUUUUUAGGAAUGUUAAAGGCACAGCCAAAGCAGAUGGUUUCUACACCCCGCCAUGAAGGGGUGGCAAAUCUGGAAGUCAAAGCGCUUGUAUGAAACAGGUUUCAAAUGUUGUCCUUGAUUAUAAUCUCUUAAUCGCAGUUUAUUACAUGCUGAUUUAGCCUUCUAAUCAAAUUCCUUUUUCUUUGCCCCACUCAGAGUUUAGCAAGUUCAUGUAAUCUUUAUCACAACACCCGUCAUGUCCUUUUGCACAAAAGCACAAUUCUGGGGGCUCUUUCCAGUUCAGAGUGAGAUUUCAGUCUCUGAAGACACUGGAGAAUGUUAGCUGCAUUUUGAAGCACAGAGACAGCUCUGCUGGGCAUUAAUAAAAUACUUAAUUGCACUCAUUGACCUUUGGCAUCCGCUCUGGCACGUCAGACAUCUGUCCCAAAACUUGGAGAGCUGCUGUCUGUUCCAGGCCACGGCCGCAAAGUUGGCCCAUACACAAACACAAACCACUUUUCCUUUUUAAUCACAGUACAGCCCAUGGUUUAAAGAAGCUCUGUACCUGAAACUCAAGCUUUUAAAAUGUGUUUAUUUUAUAUCUUAUUCAUGCUCUACUCUCCCUCACCUGCAACAGAAAUCGUGUUGAGGACAUAGAGAAGACAGGGAAAAACCAGGAAGCUUCCAGAAAUCAGGAGAUGCAGCUCCCAUUGUGGAUCAAAAAAAACCAUUCUGUUAAAAAAUCAUGAGAUUUUUCAGGGCAAGACAAGGACUUCAAGUGAUGCAUUUCUGCAGUUUGCCUCUAAGUCCUGUGGGCACAUUCCUUUGUGCUCUCAAGAUCUGACCAACCAUGGAACACAAAACCUCCCUUUGCCUAAAAGGGCAAGACAAGACAACCAAUUCCUCAGGCAGGAUGGCCACAGGCUCUGGGAUAAAUGCCUCCAUCUUGGCUUUUAGAGAGAAGAGGUGAUUAAGCACACAGCAAUGGUCACAGAAAAGAUCCACCUUGUCCUGGGGUCCAAGAUGGAGAGAAGCUCUCAGAGUUAAGAAUACAAAGUAUUGUCCAGUUGUCCAUUGAGUGUCCAUCCAUAGAGCUCAGGCAGCACAGUUCUCAGAAAGGAAGUUGACAACCAUUUUACCUCUUCCACUUAAAUGUUUUUCUUCUUCUGUGGACUUUUUUUUUGGCACGGUCCACCGCAGCAUCCUUCUCUCCAAAUUGGAGAGGUAUGCACUGGAUGGGUAGACUGUUCAGUGGAUGGGGAACUGACUGUGAGUUGUGCUGGGAUCAGAGCUCUUUAUAAUCUCCAUCAAUGACAUUAACAGUGGGAUUGAGUGCACCCUCAGCAGCCAGUGGAUCACACCAAGCUGUGUGGUCAGUGUGCCUCAGGGACGGGAUGCCAUCCAGAGAGACCUGGUCAGAAUGAGCGGUGGGAACCCGCACCUGGUCAUGGCAACCCCUGCUAUCAGUAUAAGCUGUGGGGUGUAAGGAUGGAGCGCAGCUAUGCCAAAAAGGACCUGGGGGUACCGGUGGGUGGCAGCUAGGCACGAGCCAGCAGUGUGCCCUCACAGCCCAGAAAGCCAGCCGUCCCCUGGGUGUACCCAAAGCAGUGUGGCCACCAGGGCAGGGAAG